AUGAAUGCAACUAUAAAACUAACAGAAGUUAUUUUUAAAAAGGUCGUUGUCAGAAUUCAUUUUGAGAUUUUCAUAAAUAGGCAGCCCGUUGCAAUGUCAUUUAAACUUAAGGUUAGAUCAAACAUCCUACAAGCAACCCUCAAAACCUCGAUAAAAAACAUGGGUAAAAAGAUGCCGAAUGAAGAAGUACACACUCCACUUAAUAUGGAAGAGCAUGUUGUUCUACCCCGUGAUAUUUUCCACUCCCAAAUAACUUACCUUAUAUAUCAAUUGUUCAAUUCAAUGGCGGUUCGUUGGGUGUUGGUUAUAAAUGCCAUUCUAAUUACAGGUUCGGCCAUCUCCAUUCACAAGAAGAAUGAAGAUGCUAUAGCGAUUUUUUUAUUGCUUGCAAUCCUGUUCUUUAUAGGUUCAUUCUCCUUUGUGAUAGUUAGAAUUGUCAUUGAUCAAUCCUUAGAUGAUGCACAUAUAAAGAUGAAGUUGUACUCAGAAGUGCUUAAAUAUAAACCAAAUAUCAAUUUGAAAUCAUGGAACAUCAUUACUUUUCAUAUGAAUGAAUAUCUCUAUCAAAAUGGAUAUUUCAGAAAUCCUUUCUGUCUUUACGAUAGUUCGAAGUGCUACAAUUGGUUUUUAGAAUUAACUAACAAUGGAACUAUUGACGGUUCUGGAACUGCUUCAAAUGACUCUAUGCCUGAACCAACAGACCUUAUCGAUGCUGCUAAUGAUGAAACAGCUCCAAACGAAAAUUCAACUGCUAAUGUACAAGCUAAGAAGGGUUCGAGUCAUAGUACUGAAAAUGCCUUAAUAAAAUACAAGAAUGCAGCCAUUGAUGCUUACAAUAUAUCUAUGAAUGAAUAUUGGCAAACUGAAUUUCCAGAGCUUGAAGGUAACUCAUCCAUGGUAUAA